AUGAAGAAAGUUAGUAUGGCGCUACGGAAAUACUUUACGGAAGAACGGAAGCGGGUUAAAGCUACUCUGCGUCACUUGGACACUGCGGUGGCAGUUUUGCAGCAGGAAGUGAUGCGUAACCCCUACUGCUCCGCCCGGAGGGAGGAGCUGAGGGUCAAGGAGUCCCAACUGGCGGCAUAUCUCGCCUCGGAGCAAGAGAGGCUGUCACUCAUGGCUGGUGUCAAGGAGCUGCGGGAGGGGGAGAUGCCUGGCAAGCUCAUGUCUGCAAAGGUCUACCCUCCUCCAGCAGAGAUCUGGGCGAAGCUGGUGAAGUUGCUUCACAACUUCGUCACCGGAAACCACUCGACGGCGGGGAAGCAUUUCGCGCUCUGGAGCCAGGAGCUGUUGUUCAAGGUGAGAGGGGAAGGCGGCCUCGGUGUCCGGGACCCAUGUGCUGAGCUGGGGGGCCUGGCGGCCAGGAGGAUCGCGUUGCUGGCGUCGCAGUCGUUGGGUUUACGUGUUGAUCUUGCGCAGGCAGCGCUGGAUGUCCCUGAUCUCCAAGUCUUCUGGGCCCACACGGGGCUGAUAAAGCAGUGGGAAGGAAGGUGUAUGCGGUGGAAGCAGACCUGCGAGCUGUUUCUGGAGUCUAGCUUCCCUUCGUGCAUCAGUGUGUCAUCAGUGUGGGAUGUGGAAAAGGAGCUGCUGCUCUUCAAUCGGCGGUUGCUCUUAAACGGGAAGAUGCCUGCACGACGGCAGAAGGCGGCUAAGUGUCUGAAGCGUUCGGUCAUGCGAGACUUAAUCAAAGUCGCUAGGGACGGCUCGAGGGCUCUUAAGGAUACCCAGGAGCUCAAGCGGGAGUUCGGGGGCUCGGCAGGUGCGAAACUGGCAAAACGGAUCUUUGACGCCGCCCCGGAUGAGUGGAAACAGUUGCUCCUGGCGCCAGUCACGACGCAUACGGUGCUAGCUGCCUCUAAGUUUGUGCUGAAGGCGCUCCACAUGCUGAACCCGCAUCGGAAGAUUGAGUCAAUGGGAGACCUGGUUUUCAAGAAGGAGGGGACAGCUUCGGGUUUUCCCGAGGCUACGAUUACAGCAAUUGCGCUCCACCAAAUUUGGGUGGAGAGGUGUGACGCAGUUUUCGAACGGAGCAAGUUCCGGGCGCGGAAGGCACUGCGGAGGAUCGCGGCGUCUUUCGAGCUGCAUGUCAGAAUUGACAAGCAUGCUAAGGCGGCAUCCAAGAGGCUCGGUGCCACUCGUCCUGGAUUGGAUGAUGACGAGUGCCGGGUCUUGAGCCACAUCCUCGACAACACAGCGCAACCGGCCACGUGCCUUCUUGCACCGUUGAUCCACGCCGCUGCAUACCCCCACGGUGACCGUCGAUCACUACCAGGUCUUUCAGUAUCAGGCGGUCGCUACCAGACGCAUCUACUAUACGCCUUCCACCAGCCGGCACGUCCGGUCAGCGCUACUGCGUCCUCCUCGUGUCCAAGUCGUCUCGCUCAACCCUCGCACUGCCGUCAUGCGUCCUCCAAUUUCGCAGCACCGUGCAAGUUUCGCACGGUCCGUCGUCCGAGUCGCUCAUUUAUCGCCGCACGCCGCACACCCUUCAAGCGCGAUCAGCUGGUGGUUCGAUGUAGCGCAGAAAGCGGCGGAGCAUCAGGAAGCGCUGCUAGCGGCGCAGGAAAAGCGGAUUCAGUUGAAAGCGGUAAACCAGAAAGGGAUACCACAAGCCCCUCUGGUCGAGGCGCAUUGUUCAUCCAGCCAAUUGCUGCGCGACUACCCGUGCAACCGCAUCCGUCGCUGAUAAACGACGAUCUCGUUCCGACGCUGGCCAGCCAACGAACGUUCGACGCGUGGCACAUGGCGUCGCUCUGGGUCGGCCUCGUUGUCGGCGUCCCCACCUGGUACCUCGCGGCCACCUUAGUGGAGGUAGGCAUGGCAUGGUGGCAGGGACUCCUAACGGUCCUAGCGGGAAAUCUCCUCGUCCUCAUCCCCAUGCUUCUCAACGGUCAUCCCGGCUGCAAGUACGGAGUGCCCUUCCCCGUCCUCGCGCGCGCAGCCUUCGGCGUCAAAGGCGCCAACCUCCCGUCGCUGCUCCGCGGACUCGUCGCCUGCGGCUGGUUCGGCAUCCAGACCUGGAUCGGAGGCUCGGCGAUCCUCCAGCUCGUCACGCACUUGCCGGCGGCGCAGGGGGCCGCUGGGGCCGCGGCGCUGGCGGCGGCGCCGAACCUGCCAGGGUGGUUCGGCGGGGUGACGUACGCGGAGUUGGGGUGCUUCCUGGUGUUUUGGGUGGGGCAGCUGGGGAUUGUAUGGCGGGGAAUCGAAUGCAUUCGCCAUCUCGAGUCUGCCAGCGCGCCCGUGCUGCUGCUGGCGGGCGGGCUGGGGCCCAUGCUCAGCGCACCCUCGCUCUUUGCACCGGGCGGACCCAAGCACGGGCAGUUCUGGAAAACGUUUUUCCCUGCCCUGACAGCGAACGUUGGGUUCUGGGCUACGCUAAGCCUUAAUAUCCCAGACUUCACGCGCUAUUCACGCUCACAAGCAUCGCAAGCAAUAGGCCAGGCGCUGGGCCUGCCGGUGACCAUGGUGGCGUUUGCCUUUGUAGGCCUCGCUGUGACCUCUGCCACGCUCGUUGUCUUUGGCCCGCCUGCCAUCCCCGACCCUGUACUGCUGCUCUCCAAGAUCCCCGGGCUGCUCCCUUCACUGCUCGCCUGCACUGGCCUCUGCCUCGCCACACUUACCACCAACAUCGCUGCGAAUGUCGUUGCACCGGCCAACGCGCUGGUGAAUCUGGCGCCGCGGCGGGUCUCCUUUGCUGCAGGAGCCACGGUUACAGCCCUUGCAGGGCUGCUGCUGGCGCCGUGGAGGCUGGUUCGGUCGCCGGCGGAUGGUGGUGGUGGUGGUGGAGGCGGGGCGUUUUUCGCGUGGCUUGUCGCAUAUUCGGCUUUACUCGGUCCCAUUGCAGGGGUGCUGGUUGCGGAUUAUUUUCUGCUGAGGAAGACGGAGCUCGACGUGGAUGGGCUUUAUUCUUUGGACCCGUCUGGGCCUUAUUGGUAUGCAGGUGGGUACAAUCCGGCUGCAGUGUUUGCGUUGGUGGCAGGUGUGCUGCCAAAUCUUCCUGGGUUUCUGGCCGCUGUGGGUGUGGUUGCCUCAGCAGUGGUGCCUGCAUGGCUGCACACGGUGUAUUCAAACGCAUGGGUGAUUGGACCGCUCGCGCCGAUCGGACGACCAGUAGCAGCGUCAGACGAGCCGUCUCGGAACACCGGCAGGCGAUGCUCGCACCAAUCCUUUCCACAUUAUCACCGCUCCCGCCCAGAUUAUGGUGACGCAGCAGCGACCCUGGCUGCACGCACUUCACAGCUGAAUCAUUCCAACCAGUUGCCGACUUUAGUAGGCCGUGUUUCGCGCAAUCCUCUCGUCGCUCGCUUCCACAGUUCACGAGGCCGUUGCUCCGCCGCGUCUCACGCGGCCGAUGGCGGACGGGACACCGCCGCAGCCGGCGGCGUUUCCCUGGGCUCUCCCGACCUAUUAGAAGCUACGUUCGAAGGCCCCACAGGAGGGUUUCAAGUGAUUACAGCCACGUCGGUAGCAGACAACUUCGACGUCGCUGCCACGUCAGUCACCGCCGCCGCCGCCGCCGCCGCCGCUGCUGCUGCCGUUCCACUACGAGCAGCUGACGAUGCUGCUGUUUCAUGGAGCGCGGGAAGCUUAGAGUUGGAUGGACUGAUACACGACGAGGGUCUACGUGGAUCCGACCUGGUCCCGAGAGGAGAGGAAGAAGCUACGACUGCAAAGCUACAAGGAUCAAACCUGGCUACGACGACAGAGGCAGGUUUCGACGAGGCGGGGAAGGUUGAAUCCGUGCGGAAGGACGCUCGGUGGAGUGAGGAGGUGUGGGAGCAAGCGCGGAGUGUGGUGAGCUUCGCGGGUCCUGCUAUGGGGAUAUGGCUGUCGCACCCGAUUAUGUCUUUAAUCGACACGGCCGUCGUGGGGCAAGGCUGCUCCACUGAACUAGCUGCGCUGGGGCCGGGCACGGUGAUGUGCGACCAGGUGUCGUUCCUCUUCAUGUUCCUCUCCAUCGCCACCUCCAACCUCAUUGCCACUGCCAUGGCGCAGCAGGACACUGAGCUGGCAUCGCGGCAUCUAUCACAGCUGCUGUUCGUGGCGCUCGUGUGUGGGCUGCUCAUGACUGCCGUCUCCCUCAAAUUCGUACCACAAGCCAUUGCCGGAUUUGUGGGCAACAACACUUCCAUCAUCCCAGCAGCGUGUGUCUACGCCAAGAUCCGAGCGUAUGCAUGGCCGGCUGUUCUUGUCACGUCUGUGGCUCAGAGCGCGAGUCUCGGGCUGCAGGACGUGUGGGGGCCGCUGCGCUGUCUAGCAGUAGCGAGUGCGGUGAACCUGGGGGGUGACCUGCUGCUGUGCCCGCUGCUGGGAUACGGCAUUGCAGGGGCUGCCUGGGCCACCAUGGCCUCUCAGUACGUAGGGGCGCUUCUCAUGCUGCACUCGCUGCACCGGGCGGGUCGCAUACGUCUUGCCAUCUCGCCCCCUCCGCUGCCCGAGCUGCUCACCUACCUCUCCCUCACCGGUCCCAUCUUCGUCACCCUUGCUGCCAAGGUCGGCUUCUACACACUGCUCACCUUCCAAGCCACAUCUCUUGGGACUGUUCCCCUCGCAGCACAUCAGGUGCUGGUUGGAGUGUUUGCCCUCUGUGCAGUGUGUGCUGAGCCGCUCUCUCAGACGGCCCAGUCCUUUCUUCCCAGUCUAUGCGUUGGUGUCAACAGAAACAUGCACAAGGCGAGGAGGCUGCUGAUGACGCUGAUACUCAUAGCAGCCCUGCUGGGUGCCAUGGAGGUCACCACUGCCCUCUUCGUCUCGCUUCGCAUGCCCUCCCUCUUCACUGCCGACCCUGCUGUCAUCUCUCAGAUCGCGUGCAUAGCCCCGGCCCUGGCAGUCAGUCUGAUGCUCAACCCCAUCGUGCUCUCCUCUGAGGGAGCCCUGCUGGUAUGCCUGCCCUCGCCGCCUGCUGCUGCCAUGCCUGCUGCCAUACCUGCUGCCAUUCCUGCCGCCAUGCUCCCAUGCCCACAGCCAUGCGUGUUGCCAUGCCUGCUGCCGUGCGUGCUGCCGUGCCGUCUUCCGUGGUUGUUGCUGGUGUCUGCUAGUGUUUGCUACUCUGGCACUAUUCCACAUGUCAGGUAUUGA